AGUUCCCUUUCCCUCCGUCCACCCGCCCUUCUCCUUCGUUCCCGGCUAAGUGGCCAACGGACGUGCGAUCCGGCGCGCUUCCUCGCCGUCGAUCGGAGGCCGAGAGGAAUGUCAGGGGCGGCAUCCGUGAAGGACCGGGCCACCGGCCUCAUCGACAAGUUCGUGCUCCGCGAGGCCCGCGGCAGCUCCGUCGAGGUAUAUUUAUACGGAGGCCAAGUGACAUUUUGGAAAAACAACUUCGGUCAGCAACUGCUUUUUAUCAGUAACAAGGCUACUUUUAAACCGCCAAAAGCAGUUCGUGGUGGUAUCCAAAUUUGCUUCCCUCAACUAGGUAACCAUGGAGUUCUUGAACAGCAUGGAUUUGCAAGGAACCGGUUUUGGAGUGUCGAUGAAAGCCCACCUCCUUUUCCAGUUGCUACUUCCAAUUGUCAUGUUGACUUGAUACUCAAGUCAUCUCCCGAGGAUUUGAAGAUCUGGCCACAUAGUUACGAAUUUCGUCUGAGAGUUGCUCUGAGUCCAAGGGGAGAUCUUAUUCUUACAUCUCGCAUAAAAAACAUCAGCUCAGACAGCAAGCCAUUCCAAUUUACAUUUGCAUACCACACCUACUUUUCGGUGUCUGACAUCAGUGAAGUGAGGGUUGAAGGUCUGGAGACCUUGGACUAUCUUGACAACCUGCACUCCAAGAAACGUUUUACUGAACAAGGAGAUGCGGUUGUAUUCGAGUCCGAAGUGGACAAGGUGUAUUUGAGUGCUCCGCCGAAGGUUGCGAUCAUCGACCACGAGAAGAAAAGAACGUUUGUGUUGAGAAAAGAGGGCCUUCCUGACGUUGUCGUUUGGAACCCCUGGGACAAGAAGGACGAGGGGUACAAGAGCAUGCUGUGCGUCGGGGCUGCGGCUAUUGAGAAGUCAGUCACUUUAAAGCCAGGCGAAGAGUGGACAGGGAAGCAGGAAAUUUCUGCUGUGCCGUCCAGUUACAGCAGCGGGCAGUUGGACCCUGAACUGAUUCGUCGAAUGCACACAAUAUAAAGUUUACCUGCGAUUGCAUCCUACGUGAGUAUUCUGCACUAAACUUUUGAGUGUCAGCACAAAAAAAAUCGUGCCUCCUUCCUUACACUAUUCUGUUAUAAGCCACCUGUUUACUUGGAAUUAUGCCCUUUGUUUUCCUGUCAGGUUCCAAACUAGCCUGUGGUUUUUUUUUUAUUAUUAUUAUUCUGAAGCAGCACUGGGAUUGGAAUCAUCACCCUGUUAAUUACUAGACAAAUUGGGCCGGGGGAGUUUUUCAUCCAUAGCUGGGGCCGGAGGUGCCAUUCCGAUCCGUAUACAAUAUUCUUUUUCUCUGUGUUUUUUUGGUAUUGUAUUGUACCACUAGUCCGCUGCAAAAGGAAGCCCCAAGUUUGUACUGCAUGUGGCAAACAAAACUACCAAGAUAUACUAAUUGAGUUGUAUAAUAAAGCGUCACACGUUUC